AUCCCACAAUCCUCUGUCCACGAGAGGGAGUCCUCCAAUAUCCCAGAAUGCUCUAACGUUUUCAUGUUGGACGCGGAGCUGGUGAACGUGGUGGUCGGCGUGACUGAUAAGGAAAAAUGGCAAAAAGCCUAAGAAGUAAGUGGAAGCGGAAGAUGCGGGCAGAAAAGAGGAAAAGAAAUGCACCAAAGGAGCUUGCUCGACUGAAAAGUAUACUAGGAGUGGAUGGCACUGGUGACAUCACUAUGAAUGAUGUUAAAGAAAUUGCAACUGUGGUACCAUGUGAGAAACUGAAACAAAACCCAGCUGCAAAUGAGGAUGGCGAUGCAUCUCCAAUGGAUACAGAUAGUAAAAGGAGCAAAAAGACUCUUUUAAAUGAACAUGGACAGUAUCCAAUAUGGAUGCACCCUAGACAAAGAAAAAAGAUCAAAAGCCAACUGAAAAAGAAGCGAAAAUUAAAACAUCCAAAAGGACUGGUUUGCUAGACUUGUAAGAAAAUAAAGCAAAAAAGAACUUAAUUAGUUAAGAUUAUGAUAAGACUGGAAAUAAACAUCAGUUUUGGAAAAAUAGGUACUUCAAAUGUUUUAAUGUGUUGACAGUGAGUGUUGUCAUGCAUGUUUUUAGAAAUGUAUCAUAACAAUUCUAGUAUGAUGUUCUGUACCUUUGAAGAUUCUUGACUUGGAACAUAUUUUAGAUUAAAAGGUUACCACAACACCAACAAAAUGGCACUGAUGUGAAAAUCCUGAUGUUUCAUGUUCUAAGGUUCACUUACACAGCAAGUUUAGCAUUUCCCCAUUAACCAAGAGUUCUCAGCUUACUAGAACACAAAAGGGAUUGAUAGAUCUGCUUAUGUAGGUGGAGAAAAUAUCCUGAGAAGAUCAAUUAAAUAUAUAAAUUUCUUCUAAAGAGAUCUAGUCUUGGUAAAAUUUCUACAUUUGUUAUCAAUUCGUCUUUACUCGUGUCAAACAUAAUGUGCAGUUUGGCUGUCAGAAAUCUUUUUAAUAAAUGUACAGUAUUUUAUAAUGUACCUAAAUAA